CAGAUGGGCCAGUCCCUGAGGGACAGUAAUCAGCUCCGAGAGAGGCAGAAUCUGUUUCACUCUCACAGAACUGGGGGGCAGAACCAAGGAACGGACCUACUGAGCAUCAGACCCAGAGAGAACAGACUGAACCCAAGGAACAAGCUAAUUGGGGAACCCAGAGAGAGUGUCAGACCCAGAGGCAGAAAACUGUUGAGACUGUUGGAUCCUGAGCAACAGACUGAGAGAGUCCCGGCCAUAAGAAUAGACUGACCCAGAGGGAAGGGGACACUGGAAUCCAAAUCUCAGAUAGAUCCCAAGUCUCCAUGGUGAUGAUGAAGAUUGUGACUGCAGUUUGGCUGCUGGGGCUCAUUCUCUACCAGGCUGAGGGUGACUACGUGUUGCCCAAGCCCAGCUACACCGAGGUGAAAGUGCCGCGCUUCCAGAAUGCCACCCUCCCCUGUGAGUUCUCCUUCAUCGAGGGGACGCAGGACAUGAGCUUCAUCUGGCUCCGAGAGGACAUCAUUGAGGAGAUCGAGGUGGAGGAUGUCUAUGCCUACAUCCAGCAGACGUUUGAGUUCAAGGAGCCCCAGGUGGUCUACAGCUUCCAUGAUAACCACGCGGCGCUGGAGGACCAGAGUUACAAUUACCAGGAACGCGUCUCUGUGGAUAAAGAAGAGGUCAGCGAUGGGGUCCUGACCCUCUAUAUGCACCGGGUGGACUACCAGGAUGAGGGUCUCUAUACCUGCAGAGCCAUCGGCCCCCACGGCAAAGGGGAGAUUAAACUCAAAGUGCUCAUACAAGAGGAGGAGGAGCCGCCCGUUGUUAUGGCGACAGAAGACAACGUUACGGUGGCGCGUUGUUAUUCCGCAGGUUGGUACAAGGUGCCCAUAGUGACUUGGUACAACCGCAGGGAGGAAGAAAUAAGCGAGAACUCCACCAUCACGGUACUGGAGGAGAAGGAAGAUGGCAGUCACCGUAUCUCCUCCACGCUGAGCAGCGUCAAAAGCAACGAGAUUUACCACUGCCACAUCCGAGACGCAAAGAAAGCUCGGCGAGCCCGGACGGUGCACAGAAAGCUCAAAAAAGGGGCGAUGAGAGAAUACGGAGAAUUCUGAGAUCCCAAUGGGAAUUCUGAGAUCCUGGAGCUCAAAGGACAGAAAUAAUAAGGUCUCAGACCAAAUCAUAGCCGACCCCUGUGUUACUGUAUCUCCCAUCCUUCACAUAGACCACUUACCUACCCAUCAGCACCCUGGCAGAGAAUGAGUUAAUGUAAGGAAACAUUGGUACUAUCCGGGUUACAUAUAAGGGGUACGACCCCAUCACUUUCAGUUUUUCCCAAACAAUGACACUAUGUUUUGGUGGCUCUUCCCCUUCAUCAGGUGACACCUGUACCCCUUAUAAGUGAUCCAAUCAGUGUCGCUGUUUCCUUCUUAUGUCUCCUGUGCAGUUGGUCAUAUUCCUAUGAAUGGCCGAGCACGGAAUCAUGAAAUUGGAGUGCGCUAUAUAUAUAGUGAAUAAAGUAGCCCCUAUUGUAAAAUAUAAGGAUAUUACAAGUUACCAAGGAGUUUC